GCACUACUGCUGUUUGUUGAACACAAUGUUCCUCUCUGUACCAAAAUAAAACAAGCACAGCCUCGUUUCAUUUCAAAUGACAUUGUUGCUCAGUUAUCAAAAUCAGCCUCCCAACUAAUUUAGCAUGUCGUUGUUGGUAAGUUCACUCGCCAAAGCUCUUUCUAGUCAUUGAAAUCUUUUCAGUGGAAAAUAAAACUUUGUUCGCAUCAUUUGUAUUUUCCCUUACAAGCUGCAAACAUGUCGGCUUGCUACGCAAUGGUAAGGAAGAUGCAAAAACCAUAACAAAAGAACAAUGCCCAACAGCCUCAUUUCUUCAAAGAUAAUGGAAUGGCGAAACGUGGAUUGCUCAAUCAAAUUGUGGGUGAUCUUUCAGUGCCUGACUCUUCUCCUUUUGCUAAGCUCUUGGAUUCAUACAUCCAAUCCAAGUCUCUCCUUGAUAUGUGUCGCCUACAUGCACGUAUCAUCAAAUCCCAUUUUGCGUCAGAGACUUUUAUCCUCAACAGGCUUAUUGAUGCCUAUGGCAAAUGUGGCUCCUUGGAGGAUGCCCGGAAGGUGUUUAACAGAAUGCCUCAAAGAAACAUUUUUUCUUGGAACUCGAUCAUAACUGCGUUGACGAGCUUGGGUUUCGUUGACGAGGCAGUAGGGAUUUUUCGGUCGAUGCCUGAGCAUGAUCAAUGCACGUGGAAUUCGAUCAUUUCAGGCUUUGCUAGGCAAGAUAGAUGUGAGGAAGCUCUUUACUAUUUUGUUAUGAUGCAUAGGGAGGAUUUUGUGCUCAAUGAGUACUCGUUUGGUAGUGCUCUUAGCGCUUGUUCUGGGUUAAAGGACAUGAAAAUCGGUACUCAAGUCCAUGCUUUAAUAUGGAAAACUCGUUUCAUUUCCAAUGUUUAUAUAGGCUCGGCUCUUGUUGAUAUGUAUGGAAAAUGUGGGAGUGUCAGCUGUGGCCAGAGAGCUUUCAAUGAUAUGACUGAUAGGAAUAGAGUGUCUUGGAAUAGCUUGAUCACAUGUUAUGAGCAAAAUGGUCCAGCUAGUGCAGCUCUUGAGGUUUUCUUGAGGAUGAUGGAUUGUGGAACUGAACCGGAUGAGCAUACGUUUGCCAGUGUGGUUAGUGCUUGUGCUAGUUUGUCAGCAAUCAAGGAAGGUAGGCAGAUUCAUGCUCGUGUUGUGAAAUGCAAUAAGUUGAGGGAUGAUCUUGUCUUGUGCAACGCAUUGGUUGAUAUGUAUGCAAAAUGCAGUAGAAUCAAUGAAGCUAGAUGUGUUUUUGAUAGGAUGCCACUUAGGAAUGUAGUGUCUGAGACCUCAAUGGUAAGUGGGUAUGCAAAGGCAGCCAGUGUGAAAACAGCGAGAUUAAUGUUUACAAAGAUGAUGGAGAGGAACAUAGUGUCUUGGAAUGCGCUAAUUGCUGGCUAUACACAAAAUGGAGAGGAUGAAGAGGCUCUGAGACUCUUUUGCCUCUUAAAGAGAGAUUCUGUGUGGCCAACUCAUUAUACCUAUGGCAAUCUACUGAACGCUUGUGCUAAUCUAGCUGAUUUGCAGCUUGGAAGACAGGCUCACACACAUGUUUUGAAGCAUGGUUUUCGCUUUCAAUUUGGAGAAGAAUCUAUUUUUGUGGGUAACUCUCUCAUAGACAUGUACAUGAAAUGUGGAUCAGUUGAAGAUGGUGACCAGGUCUUCAAAAAUAUGAUGGAAAGGGAUUGGGUAUCAUGGAAUGCCUUGAUAGUAGGAUAUGCACAAAAUGGUUAUGGUAAUAAGGCUCUUGAAUUGUUCAAGAAUAUGUUAGAAUCUGGGGAGAAACCAGACCAUGUCACUAUGAUUGGUGUUCUUUGCGCUUGUAGUCAUUCUGGGUUAGUUGAAGAAGGGCGACAUUAUUUCUCCUCAAUGAGCAGGGAACAUGGUUUGGUACCAUUGAAGGACCAUUAUACAUGCAUGGUUGAUUUACUUGGUCGAGCUGGUUGCCUCAUAGAAGCAAAGAAUUUAAUUGAGACAAUGCCGAUGAAGCCUGAUGCUGUUGUCUGGGGAUCUCUGCUUGGUGCUUGUAAAAUACAUCGUGACAUUGCUUUAGGGAAUUAUGUAGCAGAAAAGCUUUUAGAAAUUGAUCCUAGCAACUCUGGACCUUACGUUCUUCUCUCAAACAUGUAUGCUGAGCUUGGAAGAUGGGGAGAUGUUGUUAGAAUAAGGAAGUUGAUGAGAAAACGUGGAGUAAUCAAGCAACCUGGUUGUAGCUGGAUUGAGAUACAGGGUCAUGUAAAUGUAUUCAUGGUGAAAGAUAAAAGACAUCGUCAGAGGAAAGAAAUGUAUUCAGUUUUGAAUACCCUCAUAAAACAGAUGAAACGAGCUGGGUAUCUACCAGAUGCUGGUGAUGAAGAAUCUUACGAGGAAGAAAGUGAAUCUGAAUAAGCCUUAUUUUAGAAAAGGAACUUGCCACCUAGUGCUGCGGUUUGGUGAUAAAUUUUCUAAGUGAUUUUGAUCAAAAUGAUGCUGCUCUUCAUAUUAUUUUGUUUUAUACAAAAUUUUGCAUUAAUUGGUUUUAGUUUUUAACUGCAUUCAUUGGUUUUCUUGGUUUUUCAUGUGUAUUUGAUUCUUUUCAUAUAAUAAUAGGAACAAGAAGAAGAAAGCAGAAAUAAUAAAUAUAUGCCACAAGGACCCAUCUGCUUGAGUUUGAUACCUAGCCUUGAUUGAUCCUAAAUCAAAACUUUUGUUCUUGUAUUGAGUAUCUAUUUUGUUAGCAAUCAAUAAACAAAUGGGCAAAAUACAAAAGCCUAUUGAA